AUGACCUGUCAACCAAUAGAUGGCGCUGCUGUGUCCGUAUCACCGUCGACAUGGCAAAAGCUUCUGAUACUUUACGAGAGGAUCUUAGAAAACGGAGACAAGAGGACAGAUGGAUGGCUGUUGGUUUAUUCUCCGCUGCCUGUCGGCGGAAUCUUCCUCUGUUAUCUUGUCAUCGUCUGGUUUGGACCCAAAUUGAUGGUUCAAAGAGAACCAGUCAACAUCCAAGCUCUACUUAUUAUUUACAAUUUUUCCAUGGUGUGCCUUUCUGCUUAUAUGUUUUAUGAGUUCACAGCCUCUUCUUGGUUGGCAAAUUACAGUUUGCUGUGUCAGCCUGUGGACUACUCUGAAAACCCUCUGCCAAUGCGGAUGGCCAGAGUGUGCUGGUUGUUUUACUUCUCCAAAGUCAUUGAACUUGCUGAUACAAUGUUCUUCAUUCUGAGGAAGAAGAACAAUCAGUUGACCUUUCUGCAUGUGUAUCAUCACGGCACCAUGAUUUUCAACUGGUGGGCCGGGGUCAAGUAUGUUGCAGGAGGGCAGUCUUUCCUUAUUGGCCUCAUAAACUCUUUUGUUCAUGUGGUGAUGUAUAUGUAUUAUGGCCUGGCAGCGCUGGGCCCCCAGAUGCAGAAAUACUUAUGGUGGAAACGCUACCUCACUUCCCUCCAGCUGCUCCAGUUCUUUAUUGUGACCAUUCACACUGCGUUCAACCUCUAUGCUGACUGUGACUUCCCUGACUCCAUGAAUAUGGUGGUGCUCGGAUACGCCCUCAGCCUAAUCGCUUUGUUUAGUAACUUUUACUACCAGAGUUACCUCUCCAAGAAGACCAAGCAAGCCUAAUAGCAUCGAUGCAUAUCUGUAAUAAUAGGUUACUUGAAUACAAGCGUGUUAUCAUUGGUCCUUCACACUGGUUGAGAAUGUCUUAAGGACUCUUGUUUAAUCCACUGUUUCAGAUCCAUUUGUCUGUGUUUUCUCCCCUCCUCCAAACAGAGUCCACACAAUCUUUACACCCCCAUCCCCCUCUGGUCAUUAGGGAUUGAGACCCUGCAACGCUCUAGCGAUCUGGCCAAAUUGAAAUAAACCCGAGUCCACCUUCUG